UAUCCUGCCAAUAGUAUGUAAACAACCUUGCUGCCGACCAAAUUGUAACCUGUCCAGAACCUGUCUGUAGUUCUUACCAUCAUAGGGGAAAAUGUAUGACAAGUCUGCCUGUUUAAUUAUUGUGCUCAUAGCUUUUUAUUUGGGCACAGAAUCUACUUUUUCUGAGGAAAACAUGGAGAAUAUUCACAAACAUGGAGAUCCUCAAACAGCUUCAUUCAUUGCUGCAAGAAUGAAACAUUUGACAGCUGUCAAUGAACUAAAGCAGGUGAAAAAUGCAGUAAAACAACACCAAUUAGUUUUGGACUUAUUUAAGAAGGUUUUUAAAAUUCUUGAUGAAAGCAGAAAAUUAGUCGCUAGCAUUGAAAGUCGGGCUGACAUGACGAAAAAAGCGUCACAAUAUGUUGUCAAUUAUUUGGAGAACAUUGCAUUCUUCUGUGAUUUGUUGGUCUUCUUCCCUGAAAUAACUGUUAGGCACUUGGAUGCUAAUCUUCUGUGGAGAGUUACAUUGAUUGAUAGCAUCCAAGAUGCAACAUCUUUCAAUAUUAACUUUGUUGAUGAUACAACUCAAGCACAGUUCGAGAAGGCAUAUUCAAUUUUGAGUGAAGGAGCAUCCUAUCAAAAUGAACCAAAUCAACCACCUGAAGUUAAAAAGAAUACAGAAUCGAAAAAGACUAAGAGAAGACCUCGCAUGUCUUCGAAUGAACUGUGAUAUGUUGACCAUGAUGUAACUGCUGUUCACAAUAUGAAGAGUAGUAAAGGUUAACCACAAGCUGUU